CAUAAGACGCACCUGACCAUACGAUGCACCUAGGUUUAGAGGAGGAAAACAAGAAAAAAAAUAUUCUGAACCAAUGGACUGCAGACAUAGUACAGGAAAUGACCAGAGACUAUGGACCCAGUACAGGAGAUGACCAGAGACUGCGGACACAGUACAGGAGAUGACCAGAGACUGCGGACAUAGUACAGGAGAUGACCAGAGACUGCGGACAUAGUACAUGAGAUGACCAGAGACUGAGGACAUACUACAGGAGAUGACCAGAGACUGCGGACAUAGUACAGGAGAUGACCAGAGACUGUGGACAUAGUACAGGAGAUGACCAGAGACUGCGGACA